AUGGAGGAUGCAGAACUUGAUAGGCAUAUAAGGUCUCUUAACAAUGGAUCUCAACAACUUGAUAACAUUCUGGCCAUGGGAAGAACCGAGUCUAUUCAUUGGGGCCUUGGAUAUCAAGGGGGUUCUAGCUAUGAUAGAGAAGCCCCAAGACAUGUCUACAGUGACUCUGGAACUGGUCAUAGCACCAAUGUCAAGAGCUUAAUGGCUGCUCGUGAGAUGAAGACUCACACUUCCUUAGGGUCCCCCUUGAUUGCCAAGAAAUUGAAGGAUAUUUAG